AUGAUGGAUAAUCAGAUCGUAAAUGCGGUGACGCACAAAAAGCCCGUCCCCGAGAUUGAUUUUACCUUGCACAGAAUGGAAGAUGGCACCCAAGUGUCGACAAUGGAACGAGUUUGCAAAGAGGUGCAGGCACCCGCGCUCACAACUCCCUCUGACGAAAGUUUCUGGUCACCGGAUGAUCCCAACAAACCCAACUUGCCAUUCCUGAAGCAACACUUUUACCGAGAAGGCCGACUCACAGAAGAGCAGGCGCUAUGGAUUAUCAAGGCUGGCACUGAAAUUCUUCGCUCCGAGCCCAACCUCCUCGAGAUGGAUGCCCCGAUCACAGUAUGCGGUGACGUACACGGCCAAUAUUACGAUUUGAUGAAACUGUUCGAAGUCGGCGGAGAUCCUGCCGAGACUAGAUAUUUGUUUUUGGGAGAUUAUGUCGAUAGAGGUUACUUUAGUAUUGAGGUUGGUACUCGUCGCGUUUGGUACGGUACGUUGAUUAACAAGAUCCAGUGCGUGCUUUACCUAUGGUCGCUCAAAAUCUGGUAUCCCAAUUCCCUUUGGCUGCUACGAGGAAACCACGAAUGUCGCCAUUUGACAGACUACUUCACUUUUAAGCUCGAGUGCAAACACAAAUAUUCGGAGAAGGUUUACGAUGCAUGCAUGGAGUCUUUUUGUUCACUACCCUUAGCUGCCGUCAUGAAUAAGCAGUUUUUGUGUAUCCACGGUGGACUGAGUCCAGAGUUGCAUACCCUUGAGGAUAUUAAAGCCAUCGACCGGUUCAGGGAGCCUCCUACCCACGGAUUGAUGUGCGAUAUUCUCUGGGCCGAUCCACUAGAGGAGUUUGGACAGGAAAAGACUGGCGAAUACUUUGUGCACAACAACGUUCGAGGAUGUUCGUAUUUCUUCUCGUAUCCGGCUGCAUGCGCUUUUCUUGAGAAGAAUAAUCUGCUUUCGAUCAUUCGCGCGCACGAAGCUCAAGAUGCUGGUUAUCGAAUGUAUCGAAAGACUCGAACCACUGGAUUCCCUAGUGUAAUGACCAUUUUCAGCGCACCCAACUAUUUGGAUGUCUACAACAACAAGGCGGCUGUUCUCAAGUACGAGAACAAUGUGAUGAAUAUCCGCCAAUUCAACUGCACGCCCCAUCCUUACUGGCUUCCUAAUUUCAUGGAUGUCUUUACCUGGUCACUUCCUUUCGUUGGAGAGAAGAUUACCGAUAUGCUUAUUGCCAUUUUGAACACCUGCUCAAAGGAGGAGCUCGAAGACGACACGCCGUCAUCCAUUUCGCCUACACUGCCGUCAUCUCCGCCAUCUGCUACCGACAAGGACGACAGCGACUUCAAGCGAAAGGCGAUCAAGAACAAGAUUUUGGCCAUUGGUCGUCUAUCUCGAGUGUUUCAGGUAUUGCGAGAGGAGUCUGAGCGAGUCACUGAACUCAAGACUGCUUCUGGCGGUCGUCUUCCCGCUGGAACACUCAUGUUGGGCGCAGAAGGUAUCAAGCAGGCGAUCCACAACUUUGAAGAUGCGCGCAAGGUCGAUUUACAGAACGAGCGACUCCCCCCAUCGCAGGAAGAAGUCGCUCGCAGAAGCGAGGAGGAUCGCCGCAUCGCUCUCGAGCGGGCUCAACACGAGGCCGACAACGAUCCUGUGCUGAACACCAUGGCCAGACGUAUCAGCGUUUACCGAACGCGCAACGGAGGAUUUCGGCAUGUUUUCCACAACAAUAACAACGCCGACACGACGACGAUAGUUCGCCGGUAUUUGAAUUCGUCGACCGCGAGGUUCAACGGUGCUGCUGCCGCCGCCAACAUCAACAAAAAUGUACCCGCGCGCUUUCGAGAAUUGCACGCCGCGCUCAAGGAAUUAGAGGACGUUGCGGCGGACCAUAUUAGUUUGAGUCGAUUGCAACUUGCGCAGCGCGGAUUAGAGUCGGAGGAGCAUGUUGUUCGUGUCGCUGUGAGGUUACUGUUGGCGGAUCCGUUGACCGAGGAACAGUCGUGGGAGGAAUUGAUAGAUUCGUAUGGGAUUGAAGGGGCGAAUGGGCUGUUGAUUCGUUACGGUGAAGAAUCCGGCAUCGUCGAAAACAGUCUUUGUCCUACGAUAUCGAUAAACUCUCCGCUGCUGAGACAGGGCAAACUCGAAUUGUUUGUGAGUACGCUCGGAACGGGACCAGAGCCGGAUAACGGGCCUGUCACGGACGAGGCAUUUUUUGUACCUACCAUCACUGUGCAGGCGACGGAAAGUGGUGCGCAUGAAGUGGCUCSGKACCCGGUACAUAAGACUAUUAUAUGUGGUGCGGGUACAGAGGGAUUACUGGCAUAUUCUGGACUGUUGGGCCGUGCUGCUUUGAAGUCGUCGGAACAGUUGGUGCAUGGAGUUGUUGAGUUGAAGGUUGAAGGAGCUACACAAAAGGACAGCACAGUGACGUUUGUGAAUACGCAAGCAGCAGAGACGGCAUUGGCCAGGUUCCGCGAAUCAGUGCAAUUCGCCUCGGAGUAUGAGCGCGGCUGGACUGCAGGCGGUGUUCAGUCGGUGGCAGAUUGGAUACAUACGACACCUACGAACGGGCUGAGUAAAGACUUGCAGACUUUGGUUCAGUCAUUACUGGAUACAGCCGAAGAAGGCAUCAUCACGGAUGAGAUUACUCGUAGCAGAGAAUUCGAGUUGACCAACACAUCCGCCGAAACACGUCAAAGUCUCGACCAAUCAGUCUCCAUAUGGGCUGAACGAGCUCAUACUGAACUUCGUAAUUCCUUGGACCAAGGCUUCGCCAGUCAAAGAUGGAAUGGACUGUCGUGGUGGAAGUUGUUUUGGCGUGUCGAUGAUGUGGGAUCGGUCAUGUCGGAGGUCUUACAGACUAGAUUCUUGCUUCGAUCUGAGAAGGAGAUGAUCUGGACGGCGGGACGGGUGAAACAGACCGGUCUAUUGGAUGGAGCUCCUAAUUCUCCGGAUUUAGCUGAAGUAUCAGCCAAGGAUACAGAGCAGACUGAGUCUGGUUCUGCCCAACCUGAGAACGAGAAUCCUCCCUGGCCAUUACAAAUCGCUACUAGUCGUCUCAACAUGCUACGAACGACAAUACCAUCUCUCCAAGCACUCUCACAAGGCCUUGUCCUAUUCAGCGCCUCAACUACAGGAUUAACAUCCGCUUUGUCAGCACUGCUGUACACAUCAUCAUCAACCGGACUGUACGAAGCCUGCACCAUUGCCGCGGUUGGAUUGAUAUAUUCCCUGCGGCGGCAGCAAGUCAAAUGGGAAAAGGCGCAGUCAUUAUGGCAAGCCGACGUUCGCGAAAGGGGGCGUGCCGCGUUAAUUGAAACGGAGCAAGUCCUGCGUAAAUUGAUUCGAGAUGGUCCUUCGUUACCAAGGGAAGAAACUGCUGAGUUGCGGGCGAAGCAGGUCAUUGCUCAAGCGAGAAAGGCGCUUGAGGAUGUUCAAAAGAAAUGA